AUGGCGCCAAAGAGAAAUGUCUUGCUCAUGAUUGCCGAUGACCUCGGUCGUGAGCAAAUCGGCACAUACGGAUGCAAGGCACUACAGACACCGAGUCUCGACUCACUUGCGGCAUCCGGGUCCCGUUUUGACAUGGCCUUUGCCAGCACAGCCUCAUGCAGCGGCAGCAGAACAACCAUAUACACUGGGCUGCACACCCAUGAAAAUGGUAGCUACGGACUGGUAUUGGAACGCAACGGAUUUCAAACAUGGAAACAUGUAGAAACUGCUCCGCAGGUAUUCAAUGAUAUUGGCUACAAGACUGGUAUCUUGGGCAAGAUCCAUGUUGCGCCUGAGGAGAGAUAUCCUUGGCAAACGCGCAAAGAGAGCGACUCGCGAAACACGGCCAUGAUUGCUGAUCAAGCUGAGGAGUUCUUUGCCGAGGCCAAAAAAGAAGACCGCUCGUUUUAUCUUACAAUUGGCUACGUCGAUCCUCAUCGAGUUUUGGCUAGCCGUGGUGGAUUUGGAAAUGAGGAUGGCAACUACGAUGCCCGCCUAAAAGAUCGCAUUUUCAGCCCGGAUGAAGUGGAAGUUCCGCACUUUAUGCAGGACCUUCCGGCCGUUCGACAAGAACUGGCAGAAUACUACCGUUCCAUCCACCGAAUGGACCAGGGAAUUGGUCUUGUUUUGGACGCUCUUGAGCGACAGGGCUUGGCGGAUGAGACGCUAGUAUUAUUCCUGAGUGACAACGGACCGCCAUUCGUCAACUCAAAGACUACCCUUUACGAUGCCGGUGUACGGUUACCGUUCAUCAUCCGUGUGCCCGGAAAGGACACUGGUAUCAUCAACAAGAACAUGGUGUCGUACAUUGAUGUGCUGCCAACAUUCUUGGACUGGGCCGGCCAUGGAAAUCGGCAGCCUCCUGAAGGCUGCGUUGGACCUCGCCGUGGACAAUCUAUCAUCCCCAUUGUCGACUCAGCAACCAAUCAAGAUGGAUGGGAUCACGUCUUUGGCUCACACACUUUCCAUGAAAUCACUAACUAUUGGCCGACGCGGUACAUGCGGAAUCGUCGGUACAAGUACCACCGCAAUGUAUGCUGGAAGCUCGAUUUCCCAUUCGCCAUGGAUCUGUAUGCAUCGCUAUCAUUUGAAGCGAUGCGAAACACAAGCCCUCCAAUGAUUGGAAAGCGACCCCUAAAGAGUUACAUCUGCCGGCCGCCAGAGGAGUUGUACGAUCUGGAAGCCGACCCAGAGGAAGUGCACAACCUUGCGGGCUCGCCGGAACAUGAAGGAGUGUUGAGGCAGAUGCGCGAGGCAGUUGAGAAGUGGCAGAUGGAGACAAAGGAUCUGUGGUUGUGGAAGGAUGGUGUUGCAGUGCAGCGGUUCAAGGAAUUCAACUACGAGAGAGAUGGACUCAAGAUUCCGGAUCGGUUCGACUUUGACGUUGAUAAUCCGGGGCUGGGGCAUGUAGAAAAGAGCCUGAAACUGCACUGA